AUGGCCGAAUACAAAAUAUCCUACGAGUCCCAACUGGACGUAUACCACCCCUCCUACCGCUACGAAGCCCAUGACCCGCGCGACUGGCAAUCAGCCGCUGUCCGUGGACCAGCCCUCCCAGCCCUAGGAAAUGCAACCGCUGGUGCAGUCGGCGCAGCCAUCUCGAAUGUGGUCGUCUACCCACUCAAUGUCAUCGUCGCCCGUCUACAGACCCAGAAGCAGAAGGACACCAACUCGAGCGAAAAAUCAGAAGAUAAUAAGAAUAUCGACGAAGGAUAUACCAGCGUGGCGGACGCUGCUCGCAAAAUAUACGCGCAGGAAGGCGUCUCCGGGUUCUACCCUGGUCUGGCGCAGGAUACUUGGAAGACUGUCGCGGACUCGUUCCUUUUCUUCCUUGCAUAUAGUGCCCUCCGCCAGAAGAGGAUAGUCGCACGUGUAGGUGUAGAACGAGCCGCCAAGAGCAAGAAUAUUGUCCUUCCGAUAAUUGACGAACUUGCCGUUGGGAUCUUGGCUGGCUCGUUUGCCAAGCUGUUCACCACACCACUGUCAAAUAUCGUCGCGCGCAAGCAGACGGCUGCGGCACGUAAGGGUGGAAAUGCGAAGAACUUGUCAACCAGUGACAUCGCAGCGAGUAUCCGCGCUGAGAAGGGUAUCCUAGGCUUUUGGUCUGGAUACUCGGCUACCCUGAUACUGACUUUGAAUCCGUCGCUCACGUUCUUCCUUAAUGAAUUCCUCAAACGGACCUUCCUACCACGCUCGAAGCGCGACAAACCUCAUCCGGCUUUGACAUUCCUUUUGGCAGCCCUAAGUAAGGUCGCCGCCUCGUCAAUCACAUAUCCAUUCUCCCUCGCGAAAACCAGAGCUCAAGUAAUGAGCUCGAUCUCCAAGCCCAAGUCCGAGACUGCGGAGAAGACUCGGGCCUCUGUUCUCGCCUCUCUCACCCCUGAAAUACUUUCUACAGUCGCCACCAUCGCCCACACAGAUGGUAUACCAGGACUCUACGCCGGUCUCCAGGGUGAAGUGCUAAAGGGCUUCUUCUCGCACGGCUUCACAAUGCUCGUGAAAGACGCCGUGUACACGUUUAUAAUCAAGAGCUACUACCUCCUGCUGCUGCUGGGACAUCGCUAUCCUUCGCCCGAUGAACUUAUCCAGCGUGCCCGCGAACAGGCGGAGGAGUAUUCUGAGAUCGCGCGUGAAGGGGCGCGUGACUUAGCAGAGAGAACAAAGGAGGGUGCCAAGGAGCUGCUGAAGGCUAAUUCUGGCGGUAACUCUGUUGAUAUGACAUCAAACUUCGCGGACGCUGCCGAUGCUGCAAGGAAUGCGGAUAACGGCAUUGAUGCUUCUUCGGGUCUGAAGGAUUCUUCGGCGAUUUCUGACGAACUCAAUGAGACGGCUGAGCUGGUCGGCGAUUAUGUUGAGGAUGAAGCGGCCGAGUGGCGGACCCUUUAUCAUUGGUUUUGGGAGAAGGGUCGUGGGCCGCAUCGGGAUUGA